AAAUGACAUAACUUUGUGAAGCUUAGUAGUACGUUUUGUCGCCCUGACCACAUGUGCGUGUCAGGGGUCAACGAAAGUUGCGGAAGCCGCAAGUUGUUUACCUUCACGUUUAAAGUCAUAAUCUACGCUAACAGCGGUGAAAAAUGGCACAGCCAUUGCGAACAUGAAACCUUCUCAUGUCCAACUGAAGAGACAGAAAAGGAGGGAGAACAGAAGAAAGAGUCGUGAGAAAAAGAGACUUUGGAACCUGAGGACGGAGUCUCUUGCACUUGAAAAACCCACAGAUACAUCAUCAAAGAGCUUCAAAGAAGAAACAGAACUUGUACAAGAAACAACCCAAACCUUCGUAAGUGGUAACAAAAACAAAAGAGAAGCGAUGGACCAAAAUAGAAAGAAGAAGGAGAUGAAUCUGAAACAACCUUCCCCCUCAAACACAAGUAAGACAAUCAAAUCUCCACCAAAAGCAAAACGUUUGAAAGAUAAAGGCAAACAUCUUGCAGAAAAACCCACCAAUAAUGACAGUACUACAGGACAAGACUCAAAACAGAAAAACGGGUCAGAAAAGAGACCUUUGUCUCAAGGCAAAGAGAAGCCAACCUUGGCAAAACGUCUAAAAACAAAGAAGCUGGAUGAAAAAGAUAGAGUCAGCACUGUUUCAGGUAGUGGUCUGACUGCCAGAUUUGACUUCAGCUCUCCUCAAAAGCUUUU